AUGGCUCACCAAAUUCACCUAAAUGAAAACGAAAUCGCCUGCGCACUUCAAUGUGAUUUAAGUGAAGAUGGACUCGACUUAGAUGACGAUAGUUUGAUGGAUCCUGACUUUGAACCAGAUUUUGAAGUGUCGAUUGACGAAUCUUUGGAAGCUGAAUUCGACAUAGAUGCACUAGUAGACACCUUGAAUGAUGACGACCGUAACUCCAACUUUGAGGUAGAAGUAGGGCCGGCCUUAUCUAGUUCAGACAUUCCAGGUACUUCAGAUCCCCCUGUAAAACGUCGAAAGCCUGAAAAGCUAACAUUACGGUGGAAAAAGAAGAAUUUAGAGCUGAAUGCACAGCAGCUGGCUUUUACUGGCAAUGAGUCAUUGAGUUCUGAUAUCUUGGACCUUGAUACUCCAAUACAGUUCUUUCUUUUUUUAUUUCCACCAGAACUCAUAAAGAGAAUUUCGGAAGAGACAAACCUCUACGUGGUACAAAAAGAUCCAAACAGCACGUUUCGUGUAUCGGAGACAGAAAUGCGUCAAUUUAUAGGGGUAGUAUAUAUGAUGUCACUGAUUCAGCUACCCAGAGUGACCAACCACUGGAGUUCCGUCUUGGGUACACCUGUAAUUCAACAGACCAUGCCUUCUAAUAAAUUUGAAAAGAUUAGACAAUAUCUGCAUUUUAAUGAUAACACUAAAUGUCUACAUAGGACCCACCCUGACUCCGAUAGGAUCUUCAAAAUUCGCCCAGUCGUUGAUGCCUUGAACGAAUCUUAUGGUAAAGUUCCAUUAGAAAAACAACUUUGUGUAGAUGAGCAAAUUUGCUCUACAAAAGCGCGUAACAUGCUGAAAAGGUAUAAUCCCAAGAAACCGCAUAAGUGGGGUUAUAAAUUAUAUGUUUUGAGUGGUGUUUCCGGUUUUGCUUAUACAAUAGAGAUUGAAUCUGGCAAAGAGAAUGUUGUCAGACCCGACGAGCCAGAUUUAGGAGCUUCUUCCAAUGUAGUAGUGAGAUUAUCGCGUAUGAUUCCGCGACACCAAAAUUACAGGCUCUAUUUCGAUAACUACUUCACAUCCUUGCAUCUUUUGGAAUAUUUAGCAAAAGAAGGUAUUCUUGGGCUAGGUACUAUUAGAAGGAAUAGAAUACCUGACUGCAAGCUGUCGUCAGAAAAAGAGAUUAUGAAGAAAGAUCGAGGAUAUUCUGAAGAGUACAUAGCUGAUGUCAACGGCGUCGACGUGUCAACGGUUGUAUGGAAGGACAAUAAGCUUGUUACAUUGGCUUCCACAUUUACUGGUCUAAAUCCUAUAAGCGAAGUCCGGAGAUACGACAAAAAGAACUCAAGAUACAUAAACAUCCCGCGACCUAAUGUUGUGAGCGAGUAUAACCGUCAUAUGGGCGGUGUGGACCUUGUAGAUAGCAUUAUGGGCAUCUACAAGAUAAAACUGAGAAGCAAACGUUGGCAGAUGCGUCUCUUCUAUCACUUCUUAGACCUAACAAUGGCUAAUGCAUGGCUGUUCUAUAAAAGAGUCUGCAAGUAUAAAAACAUUCCCAACAAGACCAUCAUGGCAUCUGCAGAUUUUCGCCUGGAAAUUGCCGAAACAUUGUGCAAGAUGGGGGUGAAAACGGGUUUAACAAUACGCCGAUCUAUUGAAGGUCAAAUCCUAGCAAAGAAACACAAAGGACCUGCCCAACAUGUACCUCCACAAGCAGUCCGCCAAGAUCAAGUCGGUCACUGGCCUCAAUGGGCAGAAAAAAAAAUCCGUUGUAAGUUCCCAAAGUGUGCUGGAUUUACUCAUACGGUGUGUGAUAAAUGCGGCGUAGCUUUAUGUUAUACCAAAAACAAAAAUUGUUUCAGGAAUUUCCAUCUGUUGUAA